GCUAAGACAUGAAUCGCAAGGUGGCGCUGCUACACUGUUGCCGUUCUUUGUGGGGAGGGCAAGCAGCACAAUAUUCCGUCUUCCAAGGAGGACUCUUCAAUGUCCAAACUAAACGGAUUACUACCAUACAGCAGAUACCUGUCGUUAAGCCUAAAAGCGUCACCCAGGCUUCCCGGAGUUGCUGUUGGGAACUUGAGGCAGCUGCCGUGCUUUGUACACUCUGCCAGGUGGAGUACAAUGUCCGAUACAGUGGGCAGCGACAAGGGGAGGAGGGACAACAGACAUGCGGGGGACGGACAGGGCAGCCCCGUGGCACAGGUCAGGCACUACCCGGGGUCACACCGGAGUUCACCUGGGGAGGAGGGGCUCAAAGCACGAAAGCGAUUCCUGGAGAUUUCGUUGGAGGAGAAGAGACAAGUGUACAAGUGCCGCGACAACUACAAAACCUUAAAUGACGUCCCCACGUGGCCACAGUAUAGGAAAGAGCAUAAUAUAGGCCUUGGGAUUAAGCCCAAAGCUGAUCCUAAUGAGAAGUUUAAUGAGAAGGUGUCUCUAUGGCGUGGUGACAUCACCCAGCUGGAGAUAGAUGCUAUUUCCAACGCAGCCAAUGAAAGCCUACUAGGGGGUGGAGGAGUUGAUGGUGCGAUCCACAGUGCUGCAGGACCAACACUAGUCAAGGAGACUGCCACUCUGGGAGGCUGUGAGACGGGCCAUGCCAAGUUAUCUGGGGGGCACAGGCUACCAGCCAAAUAUGUACUACAUGCUGUUGGUCCCAUAGGACAGAAGCCAGACAAGCUAGAGGGCUGUUAUAAGGACUGUAUGGCUCUGGCUAAGGAACACGGACUCAGAUCUGUGGCAUUCCCCUGCAUUUCUACUGGUAUAUUUGGUUACCCUAACUACCCGGCUGGGCAGGUUGCUAUUGGUUACAUCAGGAAAUGGUUGGAGACAGGAGAUAAUGCUGACCAUAUGGACCGUGUGAUCUUCUGUGUGUUUCUGGAGAAGGAUGUUCAGGUUUAUGAGGAGCUUCUCCCUGCAUUCUUCCCCACGGAGGAUGACGUUAAGGGGGACAAGGAAGCAUCAGCAGAUACAGAUGACCACAUGGAAGUUGCAGCUGAUGACAGUAAGGAUGCACAAAGUGAGGAACAAAGGCCUGCCGCAGAGAAGCCGGGAGACACUGAAGAAGUGAAGGAGACUGCAUCAGAGGAGGACCCCCAGCAGGGUGUCAGUGAGGGGGUGAAGUCUGAGGACACGGCUCCUGAUGAACCUGCCGUGUCUGAACCUGAGGAAGUCAAGACGUCUGAGGAGGAGAAGCAAGAUUCCGAGUUAUCAGAAAAAUCAGAAGCAGCAGCGGCGGCACCCUAAGAAAGAUAAACCCUUUCUCCUUUCCUUUGCCAGGGGGCAGUCUUAACUCUCCACAAGGAAACUGUUAAGUGCUCAUUUAAAAAAAGCUGAAGAAACCAAUGGUCUAAAUAAAAAUGUGAAGCUUUCGAUGCAAUGAGCAUGGUUUAAUAGAUGCACAGGAAAGCUUUUGAGUUGUCUUCCACAAAGAGCUAGAGAAUACGGAUUGCUUGGCUAUGAACUGGGAUGCUGCUUCAUUUUUUUUGCAGCUCAUCUGUGAGAGUAGUCACCUCAACUGGAUUCAUUGUGGCUUGCCUGUGUUGUCAGAAAGCUAUUGCAUUGACUUACUAUGAUGGAAACAAUUAUCAAGGUGAAUAUAACCUAAAUACACUAUGUUGCAAAGCAAUCUAGACUGUCAGUGUAUCCAUUGAGAUUAGAUAAAUAAGUGACUGUUUCAUGAAAAAUCAGCUUUUAAACACGUCCACAGCAAGAUAUGUUUUGAUGUAAAUUGUCCAGUGUGGAAGGAUAUGUACAUUAUUUUGCUUUAUACAACAUGAAAAGUCACAAAUGUACAUUUAAUGUUAUCCCAAAUGAUGUCUUGGAGAGUAAAAGGGUAAUAAUACUCUUUUCACACACACUAAACAUUUCAUGUGAACUGUUGUGUAAUACGUGCACUUCAGGAAUCCCAAAGGGAAUUUCUUAAUAUAUAUUCAAGACUAAUGCAUGAUCAAGGUAGAUGAUAUAGACUUAUAGUGAGGUAUACAUAUAUGUAUGCUAUAGUGGUAUCUACUGGUUCUUGUCAAUUUCAAAGUGAUUUUUCUUUGGAACUUAAAUUUUGAUAAAUGUCUGUUGCUGUACAUUAUGGCAUGGCCAACAUUUGCUGCGAUGGCUUUAUUAGUGAUUAUGUCCAGAAACGUAAUCAUGCAUAUAAUCUACAUAUUGUUUUGAAUAAUCCAAGCCAGUCAGUGUGUAUGUAUUCAUUUCAUUAAAAGUGAACAACUCAUCAAUCAUA